AUGUCAGUUCAGCUGGAGCCUGAAACUUGGAGCUCUGGAAAUGGUAAUGAAUGUGCACAAAAAUCCUCAAAGAUUGACUCCGUGUGGGGCUGGGCUUCGCCCCCGCUGCGCUUGCAGCUGGGAAACGCGCGCGGACAUAAGAGGAUGGGGGAGGGCGGGUCCCCGGGCGGCGGCGGGGGCGCGCGGCUGUCGCACACGUCGGAGAAGCACCCGCGCGCCAUCCUCGGCGAGCUGUCCGCGCUGCGCCGCCACAGGGAGCUCUGUGAUGUCGUGCUUAACGUAGCUAAUAGGAAAUUAUUUGCACAUAGGGUGAUACUGUCAGCAUGCAGCCCGUACUUCCGCGCGAUGUUCACGGGCGAGCUGGCGGAGUCGCGCGCCACCGAGGUGACGAUACGCGACGUGGACGAGCACGCCAUGGAGCAGCUCGUGGAGUUCUGCUACACCGCUCACAUCGUGGUCGAGGAGAGCAAUGUACAGGCCCUACUCCCGGCAGCCUGCCUCCUGCAGCUGCAGGAGAUCCAGGACGUGUGCUGCGAGUUCCUCAAGCGGCAGCUGGACUGCUCCAACUGCCUCGGCAUCCGCGCCUUCGCCGACACACACUCCUGCCGGGAACUGCUCCGCAUCGCCGAUAAGUUCACACAGCAGAACUUUCCAGAGGUGAUGGAGAGCGAGGAGUUCCUGCUGCUGCCGGCGGCGCAGCUCAUCGACAUCGUGUCCUCGGAUGAGCUCAACGUGCGCUCCGAGGAGCAGACCUUCCAGGCAGUCAUGUCCUGGGUCAAGUACAACGUGGCCGAGCGCCGGCAGCACCUGGCGCAGGUCCUCCAACACGUGCGCCUCCCCCUUCUCAGCCCUAAGUUCCUGGUGGGGACGGUCUCGUCAGAGCUGCUCAUACGCUCAGACGACGCGUGUCGAGACUUACUAGACGAAGCUAAAAACUAUCUGCUUUUGCCCCAAGAGAGGCCCCUCAUGCAGGGCCCCAGAACGAGACCGAGAAAGCCCACGAGAAGAGGCGAGGUGCUGUUCGCGGUGGGCGGGUGGUGCAGCGGCGACGCCAUCGCGUCGGUGGAGCGCUUCGACCCGCAGACGGCGGAGUGGAAGAUGGUGGCGCCCAUGUCGAAGCGGCGCUGCGGCGUGGGCGUGGCCGUGCUGCACGAGCUGCUGUACGCCGUGGGCGGCCACGACGGCCAGAGCUACCUCAACAGCAUCGAGCGCUACGACCCGCAGACCAACCAGUGGUGCGGCGCCGUGGCGCCCACCAGCUCGUGCCGCACCAGCGUGGGCGUGGCCGUGCUGGACGGCGCGCUGUACGCCGUGGGCGGCCAGGACGGCGUGCAGUGCCUCAACCACGUCGAGCGCUACGACCCCAAGGAGAACAGGUGGACCAAGGUGGCGGCGAUGACGACGCGGCGGCUGGGCGUGGCCGUGGCGGUGCUGGGCGGGCACCUGUACGCCGUGGGCGGCUCCGAUGGACAAUCGCCUCUCAACACGGUGGAGCGCUACGAGCCGCGCGCCAACAAGUGGACGCCGGUGGCGCCGAUGUCGACGCGCCGCAAGCACCUCGGCUGCGCCGUGUUCGACGGACAGAUCUACGCCGUGGGCGGCCGCGACGACUGCACCGAGCUCUCCUCCGCCGAGCGGUACGAGCCGGCGACGGACUCGUGGUCGCCGGUGGUGGCGAUGACGUCGCGGCGCAGCGGCGUGGGGCUCGCCGUCGUCAACGGGCAGCUCUACGCCGUCGGCGGCUUCGACGGCACCGCCUACCUCAAGUCCAUAGAGGUGUUCGACCCGGAAUCAAACCAGUGGCGGCUGUGCGGCGCCAUGAACUACCGGCGGCUGGGCGGCGGCGUGGGCGUCAUGCGCGCGCCGCACCACGACAACCACUACAUAUGGAACCGCAAGGACUCGGUGGUG